CCUUUAGGGACCUGGACUAGACAGCGCGUGGGUUCCUGCCCCUUUAAGAGAGGCUGUUGUGUGGGCUGGGGAAGUAAGACCUGCCUGGAAAGCCCAGCCUCCUGGUUCUGACAUUCAGCAGAAGCUGGCACCCUGCUGGAAAGGACCCAAGGGAUGGAUGGAGGCAGCUCCUCUGCCCAGCCCCAGGAGAGGGGUUCCUAGCCGGCUGCUUGGCUGAGAAAGCAGCCCCGCCAGCCCCACCUGCCAGGCAAUGGGGAAGCCAGCGCCAGCUGGGGACUGAUCUGCAGCGGGUAACGUGCACAUCCCCGGGAAGCUGCAAAUGGGAUGGGAGGCUGGUGCCUGCAGUAACCUGGCAGCCUCUUCAUUGCGCCGGUCUCUCUCUCUCCGGGUGCACGCUCAGCCCGGGCGCCGGCGUCUAGCGCUCCCUCCCCGAGCCGCGGCCACCGCAGGCAGGAGACGUCGCCCCUUUGUCUGCAAAGGCGAAGGUGAGGGCGUUUGCACCGAGACACGCCGCCCCAUGCCGGCGGCUCGGGGGCUCCAGGCAGCCGGCGGCGGCGCAGGGCGCUAGAUCCGUCGCCUCUGCAAGGACCGGGAGCAGGGCCGAGCCGGUAACGCGCUAAGAGCGGCGCCAUGGCUGAGAAGGGGAUUGACCCAACCUGCGUCUCCGUCGCUUUGGAGGACUCCGUGUGCAAUGCUGGCUCCCAGGACGCGCCUCUCCUGACCACCCACCUGAAGAAGGUGGAGAAUCACAUCACAGAGGCGCAGCGGUUCUCGCACCUGCCCAAGCGUUCGGCCGUGGACAUCGAGUUCGUUGACCUGUCCUACUCCGUCCGUGAGGGCUCCUGGUGGAGAAAGAGAGGGUACAAGACCCUCCUGAAAUGCCUGUCCGGGAAAUUCUGCCGGCGCGAGCUCAUCGGGAUAAUGGGCCCCUCGGGCGCUGGGAAAUCCACGCUCAUGAACAUCCUGGCUGGUUACAGGGAGACGGGGAUGAAGGGCCAGAUCCUGGUGAACGGCCGGCUGCGGGACCUGCGCACCUUCCGCAAGAUGUCCUGUUAUAUCAUGCAGGACGACAUGCUGCUGCCGCACCUGACCGUGCUGGAGGCCAUGAUGGUCUCUGCUAACUUGAAGCUGAAUGAGAAGCAGGAGGUGAAGAAGGAGCUGGUUCAGGAGAUCCUGACGGCGCUGGGGCUGCUGGAGUGCUCCUACACCCGCACCAUGUCGCUGUCCGGGGGGCAGCGCAAGCGCCUCGCCAUCGCCCUGGAGCUGGUCAACAACCCCCCCGUCAUGUUCUUCGAUGAGCCAACCAGUGGCCUGGACAGCGCCUCCUGCUUCCAAGUCGUCUCUCUGAUGAGGUCCCUGGCCCAGGGAGGCCGCACUAUCAUCUGCACCAUUCACCAGCCCAGUGCCAAGCUCUUCGAAAUGUUCGACAAGCUGUACAUCCUGAGCCAGGGCCAGUGCAUCUUCAAAGGGGUGGUGCCCAACCUCAUCCCCUACCUGAAAGGGCUGGGCCUGCAUUGCCCCACCUACCACAACCCGGCUGACUUCAUUAUCGAAGUGGCCUCAGGCGAGUAUGGAGACCUCAACCCAUUGCUGUUCCGUGCCGUCCAGAACGGGCUGUGCACCAUGGCCGAGAAGAAGAGCAGCCCGGAGAAGAUGGACUCCUCCUGCCCAGUCCCCUGCGUGACGGACGUGGAUCAUAUUGAGAGCCACACGUUUGCCACCAGCACCAUGACCCAGUUCUGCAUCCUCUUCAAGAGAACGUUCCUGUCCAUCAUGAGAGACACGGUCCUGACCCACCUGCGGUUCAUGUCCCACAUCUGCAUCGGGGUGCUCAUCGGGCUGCUCUACCUGCACAUCGGCAACGACGCCGGCAAGGUCUUCAACAACACCGGCUUCCUCUUCUUCUCCAUGCUUUUCCUCAUGUUCGCCGCCCUGAUGCCCACUGUCCUCACAUUCCCUCUGGAGAUGUCUGUGUUCCUGAGAGAGCACCUGAACUACUGGUACAGCCUAAAGGCCUAUUACCUGGCCAAGACCAUGGCAGACGUGCCCUUCCAGGUCAUCUGCCCCAUAGCCUACUGCAGCAUCGUGUACUGGAUGACAGGCCAGCCCCCGGAGGCCACCCGCUUCCUCCUCUUCUCCGCCCUCGCCACCUCCACCGCCCUAGUGGCACAGUCUCUGGGGCUUCUGAUCGGAGCAGCUUCCACCUCCUUGCAGGUGGCCACGUUCGUGGGACCGGUCACUGCUAUCCCCGUCCUGCUCUUCUCAGGCUUCUUCGUCAGCUUCAAGACCAUCCCCACGUACCUGCAGUGGACCUCGUAUGUCUCCUACGUCAGGUAUGGCUUCGAGGGCGUCAUCCUCACCAUCUACGCCAUGGAGCGUGAGGACCUGGAGUGCCGGGAGACUCCCUGCCCCUUCCAGAAUCCCAUCAGGAUCCUCCAGGAGCUGGAUGUGGAAGAGGCCAAACUCUACCUGGACUUCAUCAUCCUGGGCAUCUUCUUCCUCGUUCUGCGGCUACUGGCCUACCUGGUCCUCAGGUACAAGGUGAAGUCUGAGAGAUAAGGGGGCCAUCGGGGCCCGAUGCCUUUCCCAGACCUGAUCUGCCACAGCAUGGACAAUCCCAAAGGGACUCUCAGUCUCUGUGGAUGUGGGACCACAGGGGAGGCAUCGGGGAGGUGGCGACCAGUCCUGGCUCAGUCGAGAAGGUUUUUUGGGACAUCUCGGAACUGUUUUAACCUUUCCACACUCUUCAUCGCAAAUGUUUUGUACCGCCCUGGAAUGCCUCAUUCUCUCCCCUGGAGCCGCGUCAUCAGAUGGAUCUUGGAUUCCUUCUUCCACCCUGUGCCCCAAACCACCACCUCAGGACACCGAUGGAGGCAGUUGUCUUCCAAGCCAGAGAAAGAGAGAGCUGCCUGCCAAGGCUUUGCCGUUUGGGGAAAGGGGUUGCGCCGGUCUGAACCCUGUUUACCUCCCGCAAAGCACAGUUUUGUAGCGCAGUGUGUAGUGCAGUUUUUUAACUUGCCUGUGAGUCGAUGUCCAGUAGCAUGUGUAUCCAUAUUCAGAAGAAAUCAGAAGACAACAAUAGGCUACGUGGCAGAAGGCUUUCGUGUUUACCUUAGCCAUAGCAACAGCCAAUGCCAUAGCCCCUGUCUUUUUUUGUAAACUUCCCUUUUUCUUAAGGAAAAAACCAAACCAAAUGACAACUCAGCUGCACUUAGUACAGGAACAAGUGUUGCGGCUCUGGAGGGAUGCAGGUAGAUCAGGCCUCUGCAUUUAGGAUUUGGCAGGAUGUAAUAUUAGUAGAAACAUUUCAAUGAAAUUUUUUUAAAUGAUUUUUUGGGAAGUGGGAGAGUUCCCAGCCCUGCUGGGUUUGCCACCCAGGGCCCUGCCGUGUUGGACUACUGCAUGAGACCCAGGGAAUGAUGACGCAAACCGGGCUAGCCAUGAGUUGAAAGUGACCCGUUUCAUAGAAUCAUAGAAUAUCAGGGAUAGAAGGGACCUCAGGAGGUCAUCUAGUCCAACCCCCUGCUCAAAGCAGGACCAAUCCCCAGACAGUUUUUUACUCCAGUUCCCUAAAUGGCCCCCUUUCCUUGGGAGCUGAGUAAAUGGUGGAAAGGUAAGGGACAGAUUCUCCAUUCUCUUACGCUGGUGUGAAUGGGAAGCAGCUGCCCUGAAGCCAGCGGAGUUAGGUUGGGUUGAGAGAAGAAUCUAGCCCAGUGAUUGACCUCAGUGGAGUUGCUGAUCCAAUGUGAAAUCAGAAUCAGUCCCUAGGGGCCCAAUGCUGCAGAUCACUUGGAUCUGAUUCUCCCAGUUAACCUGCACUUUGCAUUGUCACUUACACCGGCACACAAAUCCUGCCGAAUCAGAGCGGAAGUGUUUUACCCUUGCUUUGCACAAGUGUAAAAUGAUAACACAACAUGCAGGGCAUUAACGAACCAGCCCCAUUGAGAUUAGCAGGAUGUGGCCCUGAGCGGCAUGAAAGGUGAAGAGUAAAGGACCUCUCCUUUGUGUUUAAUAACCCCCAGUCUUGUUACAAUGCAGGGAGGGACAUUUUCAUGUGUGGCUGACAAUGGGACAAUGCCCCUUUUACAGUUUGGCCUUGCAGCUGAAGCCCUGAAUAGCUGUAGACAAUCAAAUUUCAAAACCUCCCCGAGCUCCCUAAUCAGUAGCAGAAAACAGGCACAGAAUUAAAAAUCCCCAGUGCGUUUGUGUUCAGCCUGAAACCGUGUUUACCGUGUGUAGCACGUU